AUGGCUACCCGUACAAUUGAGGCGCGCUUCGAGCGCAUGUCCGUCAACGAUGAGAAUGAUCCCCUUGGCGACGGCUCCAAGCUCUACAGCAAGACAAAGACUAUGGUCUCAUCUACCACAUCACAAAGUCUACAUGGAGCCUCUCGGCCCAACCUCUUCAAAGUCGCCCUCCAGUCGCAAAGCAGCAACACCAACGCUGCUGUGAUGCUGCCAUCCCAGGCUGCUCAACGAAAAGUCAACAACGCGCCUCCAUCCCCUACAAGAAAAGCACUUCCAUCUUCUUCAAGGACGUCGGAUGAAGCUCAAGAUGAACGAAAAUCAGUCACACUGCCAGAGCAAAUCGGCGUCCCGAAGCAGUUCCACCUCGGCAUGUUCGAGAUUGGCCGACCUCUGGGCAAGGGCAAAUUUGGACGAGUGUACCUUGCUCGAGAGAGAACAACGGGCUUCAUCUGCGCCCUCAAGGUCCUCCACAAGAAUGAAUUGCAAGCAGGUCGUGUUGAGAAGCAGGUUCGCCGAGAGAUCGAGAUUCAAAGCAACCUGAGACACCCCAACAUCCUUCAGCUCUACGGCCACUUCCACGAUAGCAAGCGAGUAUUCUUGAUUCUUGAAUUCGCUGGCAAGGGUGAACUAUACAAGCACCUCCGAAAAGAGAGCCGGUUCCCCGAGUGGAAGGCAGCCCAGUACAUCGCCCAGAUGGCAUCGGCAUUGCGCUAUCUGCAUCGAAAGCAUGUCAUCCACCGGGAUAUCAAGCCUGAGAACAUUUUGGUUGGUAUCCAUGGUGAGAUCAAAAUCUCGGAUUUCGGAUGGAGUGUGCACGCUCCUAAUAACCGAAGGAAGACCAUGUGUGGUACUCUUGACUACCUCCCUCCUGAGAUGAUCAAGCCAGGCACCUCUGACAACUUUUACAACGAGAAGGUCGACCUGUGGAGUUUGGGCGUUCUGACGUAUGAGUUCCUCGUGGGUGAAGCGCCCUUCGAGGAUACGCCAGUGAUGACUCAACGAAGGAUUGCUCGUGCUGACAUGUCGAUUCCUUCAUGGGUCAGUCCUGAGGCUACUGACCUCAUCAAGAAGCUCUUGGUGUUGGAUCCUGAGAAGCGAAUUCCUCUAGAGCAGAUUCAGCAACACCCCUGGAUCAUCAAGCACUGCGUCAAGGGUGAGCGUGCUUCUAACCGCGAGAAGGUGCAAUAA